CGUUACACCUUGGGAGCUGUGACGCAAUUAUCUUUAAAAUCGUUUGGUCUUUAUUAUAAGUGGUAGCUGAGUAAUGAGUGACACUAAAGGCGUGUGCUACUUUAAAAAAUGAUUUUUUUUCUCCAGCUGACGUGAACCAGACUGUCCAUUUAAAGCAGCUCGGUCAGCGAGCAGCAUCCCGAGCUAACCCUCGAUACUCUGCGCUGUGGAUGAGGAUGUCGUUCAGGCCGUUUACAUCGGGACCGUGUUGUGUUCUCAAACGGGCAGGUCGUCCUCCAGGCCCGAGCGGGUGUCCGAGAGCCCGUCGGCCACUACAAGGCAGAUUGUGUCAUAUCGUCAUUCAUCAUGUGUUCGGACAGCGGGGCGCUGCGUGCAGGUUUCAUGUCGUACUUAUGGGACAUGAUAGUUAGUUUAGCCGACGCUUAGCCUGUUAAGCUGCGGUACUUCCGUCUUUUUAUCUCGCGAGGGGCGGAGUUGUGCGGUCCUUGUCCGACCAGUGUUAUUGACACAGCGUGGAAGCCCUGGAGGCUGUGUCUGGGUAUAUUGACACAGCCUCUUGGCGAAACGGCUGCAUGUGUUUACACCCUGAGCAUGUCAAUACCUGACAUCAUACAGAAGACGAUAACUACUGAUGAACCCCAGCCCGGUUUAAACGAGGAGGCUGCAUUCCGCUGUCAUCUGUAUGCAGAUGGUCUGUCAGAAGAGUAAUGAUGGUCCCCGUCUCACUUGUAUGUGCAUAGUUCCUUUAUAUUCCUCACAGAUGUGCCCCAGCAUGGUCUGUUCGUCGUGAUGAGAUUUGUGGAUGAGUUUGGAAGAGAGCAAACCAGAUUCAGUUCUACGGUCCAUCGACUCGAUUUGUAUUUUCAGUAUUUGACAGCUGCCCGGCCCACUUGAUACAUGUUCUCUGUCUUGCCUUUAUUUCUCAGACUUGUACACCUUUUAGCAUUUGACAUAAUGCUUGAUUUAUUAUAUCAUAUUUAAAUAACGAUAAGUCUUUUGUGUUGUCGUGUUUAUCCAGAAGCCAAUCGUUUUUUUUUCAUAAGCCUUCAUGUUUCUUAAAUAUGCUAAACUUUUAUUUACAUUUCUUUCCAUCUGAAACCCAAUUGAAACACGUUCUGUAUGAAUUAUACAAAAAAAUGCAAAUUGAUGAAACGUGUGGUAAUCUGUCACAUGUCCUAAACUUCAACUUCUGUCACAAAGGCGGGAUUGUUUAAUUUUUCUUAUUUAUUUCAACCGAACAUGAGACGCUUUAUCCAGGGACAGGGGAAUUGUGUAUGACCCUGCAUCCACAGGGAGUUGACACCGAAUAGCGAGUUCAGGGAUUACCUAAUCUGAUGUUAUCAGAUACAACAGCCCCACCAUUCGUAGAUGAUUAUAAUGUGUAGUUUUUGAGAAACUGUCAGGGAGGCUUUGAUUCAACACUGGUGGUUUUUGUGAGUGUCACCUGUGGUGGUGUUGUGUUAUAUUAAGGUCUUUCUUUUGUUGCAUGCUGUUUCUUCAAGCCACUUCCUUGUCACUGAUUAAUAUGAGAUCUUAAUCCUUGCAUAGAUGGCGUCUGCAAAUGCCACACACGGACAGAAGGAGUCCUCAGACCAGAACUUUGAUUACAUGUUUAAAAUCCUCAUCAUUGGCAACAGCAGCGUCGGAAAGACGUCCUUCCUUUUCCGCUAUGCAGACGAUUCAUUCACGCCAGCCUUUGUCAGCACAGUGGGCAUCGACUUCAAGGUGAAGACCAUCUACAGGAACGACAAGAGGAUAAAGCUGCAGAUAUGGGACACUGCUGGCCAGGAGCGCUACAGGACAAUCACCACAGCUUACUACAGGGGAGCCAUGGGCUUCAUCCUCAUGUACGACAUGACCAACGAGGAGUCCUUCAACGCCGUUCAAGACUGGUCGACCCAGAUCAAGACCUACUCAUGGGACAAUGCCCAGGUCCUCUUGGUGGGGAACAAGUGUGACAUGGAGGAUGAACGAGUGGUGGCCUCCGAGCGGGGCCGGCAGCUGUCAGAACAGCUGGGUUUUGAGCACUUCGAAGCAAGUGCUAAAGAUAAUAUUAACGUGAAGCAGACCUUCGAACGGCUGGUGGACAUCAUCUGUGAGAGGAUGUCAGACAGUCUGGACAACAACGACCCGACUGUUAGUGGUUCUAAACAGGGACCCCAGCUCAGCGAGCAGCCACAAAGGUCCCCUCAGGAUUGUGCUUGCUAAACAUGACCACACACACACACACACACACACACACACACACAAUGUCUGCUGUCCUAAAACACACAACGUUCUCCUAGACACAGUUAUUACACACAAACACUGCCAUACAGAGAACACAACCUGACUGCUUCGUCUCUCCAGGCCUCUCUCUAAGCAUUCUCCACAUGAACCCCACCUUUCAGUCACAGAGAUUAUGGGAUGAUUCUAAUUUUGUUAGAGGGGUGAAUAACAUUUAACAUAGGUCCAAUUCCAACUCCUCUUCCUUUCUUAAACACGACCACGCACACACACACAAUCCUUAUCUUAACAGACGCCAGUGAAGGCUGAAACUCAAUCAUUCCUUGUUGACGUGUCCGCUAUUGGGUUUUACGAUAAGAGGAUGAGGAUCCUCCAAUCUCAGCCGACUAACGUCUCAAACCUAAAUGGAUACAAAUUUGUUUUACUUUCAGUUCCAUUGCAAAUAUAGAUUUGCUACUGUAAUAGCAUUGCUGUUUUGUUUGAGUUUGUGGGUGUGGUUUUGAGCAUGUGAAAUCACUGGCCCGUGUCAGUGUUGUGAGUGAGUUUCUACAAAUAGUUACGGUCCAAGUUUGAUGUCCAAAUGGGGUCAUUUGAAAGUUUUGGUUUUUUUAACUAUAGGAACAAAUAUAAGAAUAGCAAAGGUCAUGAAUAUCUGUUUUUAAAUUAUUUGUUAUUAUUAUUUCAGCAAAAUUUGAUGACAAAGUAAAACAUUUUAAAGUAUUUGUUGUAACUAUUUGUAAGACAUUCUGCAAAAUAGAAAGAUAUGGGAUGUCUCACAACCUCAUGAGAAGAGUGUAUACAUGUUUAAACGUCAAUAGAUAUGCGAAUGUAAUAAAUACAUAAAUAAGUAUAUUAUACUAAAAUUAUUUAGGUUAUCGGGUUCUGUUGUCUUUAACCGGUUCUGGUGGGACGGUUGUUUGUACGAGCUGCUGUCUGGAUUAAACUGAUCCGUCCUACAGUACCGGCACUCGGAGGGACCCAAUGGGGCUAAAGGUUUCACAAGUUAAGACCACAACCCCAUUCUCAUUGUAGUGACUUUCAUUCACUGUGCAACAUGCACUCAGGAGGAAGGCAUGUGACUCAGUGCAGGCGCAGACCUCUCCAUCAACUUCAGAUAGUCACGUAUUUGUUGGUGGAAGAUAUUUCCAUCUCGACGCUAUGGGGCAACCUUUUGUUUGGAAGCAUGUUAAAUAUCAAAUUGUGAGUUCUAUCUCUGAUGCAACGGUUCGAGAUGUGUCCGCUCGUGUAAAACAGUACUAAACCUAAGUCGUGCAAGGCAUGGGGAAAUAUUUUCAACAUUUAAGUUAUUUCAAAAUAAGGCUUAUUUAUUUUGUAUUAUUUAUAUCUUCAUUUACUUUUAAGAAAAUGUUCUUCCUAGAUUAUGCAUUGCAGUCUGCACUGUACUUUUUAAGCAGAUGUUGAAUAGUAUUCAAUUGCUUAACCUCUCCCAGCUUUGAAAUGAAAAUGUAUUUGUGUUUACAGUGAAUCUAAAGCUUAAGAUGCUUCCUCAAGAGGUACAUUCAAAGUUUCCAGUUUAAAAGUCUCUUAUUAUAUCGGCGCAGCUUUGGUGAGAAGUGUGUUUGUCUUUUGAUAUCAGUUAUGUAACUUCCCGGACGUGUUCGUGGAAAAGCAGACUGUUCUCUCCGCACCCAAAUAUGAGCAAUGUACCGCCCUGCUGCAGGUUGGUAAUUGCGUACUGUACGUGGGUGUGCGACUGUACAGUUUCUGUAAAGGCAGUCUCAACAAUAGUUCCAUCUCUGAAAGCAUAUCAACAUGUUUAACAUGUUUGGAGCCAAAGAAAGUGAUUGUUAGAGUUUGUGAGACUUGCACUAACCCAUGUGGUAAUGCUUUUCUCGCAGCUUCAAAGAGGGAAACGGUUUAGGAAGGAAAGUGAAUACUCUGAACACUUUGUUAAAACGCUGAUUCUUACUGCAGUGCUUCACUUUUGACGUUUGUUGAUUUUUUUGUUUGUUACUUUACUGUGUUUUGUAAACUUGCCGGUGACUUGGGAACACUGUUCAACUCGCCUCCCGUAAAGAACUCUUGUAAAUAGGGAUUUUCUGCCUGUCGGGUAUUAGUUGUGUGAAUUGUGCUGUAAUUAUGUAAUGCCAGAUUUGCUAAAAUAAGGAAUCAAUAAACAAAUUCUAUAAGCUGGA